AUGGCUUCUCCCACUUCAGUUCUUAUCGUCGGCGCCGGUCCAACCGGUCUCUGUCUUGCUCUUUCCCUGCUAAAGAACGGGGUCCCUGUGCGCAUCAUCGACAAGCUCCCUACGCCCCGUAUAGGGCAGAAGGGAAAUGGCAUCCAGCCCCGAACGCUGGAGAUCCUAUACUCGCUAGGCCUCCUCGACGACGUCUUCAAGCGCUCCUGCCAUAUCAAGAGCCUCGUCGUGUACGAGAUGCCUGGCGCGACGAAAAUAGCAAAGGAAAUCACGCUCACGCCGCAGAUCGAGCCGACGCCUGACAAGCCCUUCCCCAAUUCACGAGCCAUAGGCCAGGACCGCUUCGAAGCCCUCAUCGUCGAGCACCUCGAACGUCUCGGCGCCACUGUCGAGCGUGGUGUCGAGCUCAAGAGCUUCACGCAGAACGCCACCAAAGUCUCCGCUGAGCUUGUCAAGCUAGACGGCUCUGUUGAGACCGCCGACUUCGAGUACCUCGUCGGCUGCGACGGCGGGCAUAGCCCAGUGCGUCACCUCCUGGGUCUGAAUUUCCUCGGCGAGACGCGCGAGGGGGAGGGCAUGUUCGUCGGCGACUUCAUCAUCAAGAAGGGGAUCAGCGACGAUUACUGGCACUGUUUCAACGGCACCGGUAUGGGAUUGGGUGCCACUCCAGGCGUGAAGGCUGAGGGUGCAUCGGGGGAGGUCACCUUCAUCUUCCGCACGGCCGAGAUCCCUGGCCUGUCCACCAUUAUGGCGACCGGACCGGAUAUCGAGGGCAUCAAGCACCGACUUUCCAACCGCGAAGGAAUGAUCCAGGCAUUCUAUGAGGUAACGGGUCGCACCGAUGUCGAGUUUGGCGAGCAGCUCUGCGGAAAUUGGUGGAGGCCGAACAUUCGCAUGGUCGACUCGUUCGGCGAGGGCAGGGUGUUUGUUGCUGGAGAUGCUGCACACACGCACAGCCCCACAGGCGGUCAGGGUAUGAACUCUAGUAUCCAGGACGCAUACAACCUCGCCUGGAAGAUUGCCCUUGUCCACAAGAAGCUCGCCCCACCCACACUCCUGGACACCUACUCCACCGAGCGCCUGCCCGUCAUCGCCACCAUGCUGCAGAAAACAACCGACCUGCUAAACAAGACCAUGGCCGCAUUCCAAAAGGGUGUCGCGAAUCCAAGUGUGACCAACGAGGCUUGGGAGCGCGGCGGCGAGCUGCAACAGUUCGGCGUGAACUACAGGGGCAGCACGAUCGUGCUCGACGAGCGGAACCCCCCGGAGGAGGGCGCAAUUCCUAGCGCGUAUGGCUCGGGAGCGGGUGGUGUGAGGGCGGGCGAUAGGGCGCCGUCGGCGCCGGUGAAGGGGUUAGGGGAGGGGGCGGAGAAGCUGUUCGAUGUGUUCAGCCCGACAAGGCAUACGGUGUUGGUGUUCACGGCGGGGGAGGCGGCGGCAAAGGGUGUCCUGGAGCAGGUGAAGGCGUUGCCAGAGGGGGUGGCGGAGGUUGUGGUCGUCGCGCCGAAGGGGAAAGCGGUGGAGGCGGCUGGAGCGAGGGUGGUGGAGGACGUCGACGGGCAUGCGCACUCGAUAUACCAGGUCGAGCAGGACCCUACCAUUGUCGUCGUCCGUCCGGAUGGCGCGGUCGGCGCGAUCGUGCUAGAGGCGGCGGGGGUCGGCCGUUACUUCUCAAAGGUUUUUGCGUAG